CGACAUCAAGCCAUGCCUGCAUCCAAAGUAACCAAACUGAACACCGGAGCCGAGAUGCCCACUCUCGGUCUUGGAACUUGGAAGUCCCAGCCGGGAGCUGUCGAGGUUGCCGUCGAGCACGCGUUGAAGAACGGCUAUACGCAUAUCGACACUGCCGCCGCCUACGGCAAUGAGGCCGAAGUCGGCCAAGGGAUCAAGGCUUCGGGUGUGCCUCGCUCCAGCUUCUUCCUCACCACAAAGCUCGAUAAUCCCGACCACCUCCGCGCCGCUGAAGCACUCGAUGUGUCGCUGAAGAAGCUCGGCACGGAUUACUUGGACCUUUGGCUCAUGCAUUGGCCGGCGCCAAUGACCGUUGAGGGCAAACCCGAGAAGUCCAUCAACUGGCUCAACACCUGGAAGGAGAUGGAGAAGCUGUACAAGGCGCACCCUGAAAAACUGAGGGCCAUUGGUGUCUCGAACGUCUCCGUCGAGUUCCUUGAUGCGCUUCUUAAAGAGGCCACGGUCGUCCCUGCCGUGAACCAGAUCGAGCGUCACCCUUCGUGUCUUCAGGAGGAUGUCCUCGAAGCCUGUGCUGCAAAAGGCAUAGUGAUCACGGCCUACUCUCCUCUUGGCUCAGACAAUUCUCCCCUUCUGGCCAACGAGGUCGUCACGAGGAUUGCCGAAAAGCAUGGUGUAUCGUCAGCGAAUGUCCUCGUUUCCUUCCAGGCCAACACCCCCAAUGUCAACGUCCUUGCCAAAUCUGUUACACCCGCGCGCAUCAUCGCUAACAAGACGAUCAUCGACCUCACUGACAACGAGAUCGAGGAACUCAAAGCGAUUGAUAAAUCGCACCACUUCCGCGUUUGCCACCCCAACUGGACCGGCUGGGGUAGCCUCGGUUUCCCGGACUGCAAGUAGAGUAUAAAUGCGUCAAGUAGACUGCAGAAGACAAAUACUGUAUCACUACCCGGUACUCGAAGGGAAGUAUCGAGAAGAAGUGACGAAAGCUUUAAUUAUCAUUGUCACAUAUGCUUUUGC